GAAUUAGGGGAUGACAAGUUAAGACCCCAGAGGGCAUCAGAAGAGGUCUGGGGUGCCCAGAUGCAAAGGCAUGGGAAGUGAAGGGAGGUGAGAGCCAGCCCCCAGCAUCCUGACAGAGAGGCUGAGCUGAGGCUUGCGGGGUGCCCCUCCAGCCACCAUGAGGCUCUUCAUCUCACUUCCUGUCCUGAUUGUGGUCUUGGCCAUGGCUUUGGAAGGCCCUGCCCCCGCCCAGGCGACCCCUGACUUGUCCAGCGCAUUUGAGAACUUACCGGAUAAGCUGAAAGAGUUUGGGAACGCUUUGGAAGACAAGACCCGGGCAGCCAUUGAACACAUCAAACAAAAGGGGAUCCUGACCAAGACCCGGACCUGGUUUUCAGAGACAUUCGACAAAGUGAAGGAGAAGUUCAAAUCCACGUUUGCCUGAGCUCCUGGCGGGCCAUCUUGCAGCAAGGGCGUCCACGUGAUGUGGCAGGUCCCUCAUCCCACACCAAUAAAAAGCCUAGAGUGAACGAA